CGCCCCGCCAAGAUGGCGGCGCCCAUGGAGGCGGCGGGCCGGUUCCGCACCCGGGACGUGCUGCUGCCCGGCGGCCCGUCCGACUUCGGCUCUCUCCUGCUGUCGCCGCCGGUGCUGGCGGGGCUGGAGGCCGCCGGCUUCCAUCGGCCGUCUCCUGUGCAGCUGAAGGCCAUCCCGCUGGGGCGCUGCGGGCUGGAUCUCAUCGUGCAGGCCAAGUCUGGCACCGGCAAGACCUGCGUGUUCGCCACCAUCGCCCUGGACGCGGUGCUGCUGGACAGCCCCGCCACGCAGAUCCUGAUCCUGGCUCCCACCAGGGAGAUCGCUGUGCAGAUCCACGCCGUGAUCACGACGAUCGGCAUCAAAAUGGAAGGCUUGCAGUGCCACGUGUUCAUCGGAGGGACGCCUCUGAGCCAGGACAGGAGCAGGCUGAGGAAGUGCCACAUCGCUGUGGGCUCGCCAGGGCGGAUCAAGCAGCUGAUCGAGCUGGAGUACCUGAGCACGGCCAGCGUCAGGCUGCUGGUGCUGGACGAGGCCGACAAGCUGCUGGAGGAGGGCAGCUUCCAGGAGCAGGUCAACUGGAUCUACUCCUCCCUGCCUGUCAACAAGCAGAUGCUGGCAGUGUCAGCCACCUACCCCGAGUCCCUGGCUGCUGCUCUCACCAGGUACAUGAGGGAGCCCACCUUCGUGAGGCUGAACCCCACGGACCCCAGCCUUCUUGGGCUGAAGCAGUACUACAAAAUUGUGAAUUCCCAUCCCCUCCCACAUAAAACCUUUGAGGAAAAAACCCAGCACCUGCAGGAGCUGUUCAGCAAGAUUCCUUUCAACCAAGCCUUGGUGUUCUCCAAUUUGCACAGCAGGGCUCAACAUCUGGCUGAAAUACUGACAUCCAGAGGCUUCCCUGCCGAGUGCAUUUCAGGCAACAUGAAUCAAAGCCAGCGACUUGAUGCCAUGGCUAAAUUAAAGCAAUUCCACUGCAGAGUUCUGAUUUCCACAGACUUGACAUCUCGUGGAAUUGAUGCUGAGAAGGUGAACCUGGUCAUCAACCUGGACGUGCCCCUGGACUGGGAGACCUACCUGCACCGCAUCGGCCGCGCGGGGCGCUUCGGCACCUUGGGGCUGGCUGUGACCUACUGCUGCCGUGGGGAGGAGGAGAACACCAUGAUGAAAAUUGCUCAGAAGUGCAACCUGCAGCUUGUUCCUCUGCCAGAGCCAAUCCCCCCUGGAAUGAUGGAGCAGUUUGAGGAAGGGCAGGUGGAAGUUAAACCUGCAAUACCCACGGCUCCUGUGGUGAACUGUGACACUAUGUGUCCUGAGCCAGAGCAGCCAGUGCUGCAGCCUGUCCAGAAUGGCUUUCCAGACAUUCCUCAGCCUCCCUCUAACCUUCCAAGGGAUAAUUCUUCUGUAGAAAGGCCAAAAAAUACUCCGAAGCAAAAACAGAGUAAAAAGUGGACAAAACCUGCACAUGUAGAGAAAAAUAGAACCCCCCAAACUUCCAGCUGUCUCAAAAAACAGAGCAACCAAGUCAAACCCAUCUCCAGGAUGGAGGGACAACACAGCACUCAGCCUCCAGAGGAUGAGGCCUUGAAAAAAAAUCUUCCCAAAAUUCCAUGCUUGUCUUCUUUCAAAACCCAGCUCACCAAUCCCUGGAGCUUCUCAGAUUUUGUUGAAGAUUAUGAAUAUUUCAUUAAAGAGGGGUCAGAGAGAGAGGUGGAGAUUUUAAGAAGUUACUCAGGGCCAGGAGAGCAGGGUGAGCUGCCCAGAAAUGGGGAUGUGGAGUGGCAAGAGAUGGACCACCAGCCAGAGGCAGCAGCAACAGGAGGGGCUGUGUGUGCUGACAGCGAUGGCUCGGAGAGCUCCGGGGAGUCCUUCCACAGCAGGGCCAGCAACUCCUGCUCUGAGGCCUUUUCAGACAGGCAGGAGCCAAGCCCUGUGCCCCCAGCAGCAUCCUGUCCCACACCUGAGGCACCUCGGGAGCCACCCCACAGCCCAAGGCAGAAGGAAGUGAGAAAGAAAGUCCCGGAACAAAACGCUAAGCGCAAGAAAAGCCACAAGCAGCAGUGCAGUCCUGCCAGCAGCAGAGCUGCGCAGGAGAGGAGCUGCAGCUCCCGGGGUGGUGCUGCACACCAGGGCUGCAGUUCUGAGCACUGCUGGAGGUGUUACUGCGAGGCCUGGCAGAGCUACUACGCUGCAGUGUCUCACUACAGCAGGAGCUGCUGGCACCUCAGCUGCAUCAGUGCCUACCACGUCAACUCGGUCUAUCUCCAGGAGCUGCUCAGAGAUGAGGAUUGAUGUCCUGGUGCUGCUGGUGGGGAGCAGGGCUGGGCAGGGCCUGGGACCACAGGGCUGCUCCAAAGGACACUGGCAAGUGUUGUUUGAGAUGGAGAAAAACGGUGUCUUUGUAUGAGCAGCUGUGUCUGGGGGGUGUUUUACACAGUGAGGGUGUUAAAAUUUGUUAAUAAAAGGAAAAGAAAGACA